AAGAAAAGGUAUUCCUAUAUAAGCGUUGAAGUGUGUCUGCAUACCGGUACUGUUUCAGCAAAUCACAUACGACCAGAUUUAACCCAAAACGCCAUCGCUCGCCCAAAGAGGUUUUUAUUACAUCAACAGUUACGUGGUGGUUAGGAUGUGAUGGACCUACCUGUUUCCUAACUCCGGUGUCCUUCACCAAAAUGGCACACUUUGGGGAUGUGCGACGCGAGGCGUUUGGCCGCGUGCAAAGCGCACAGUACUACGCAAGCAACUUGGCGGGUUUGACCGCUGUAGAAAGACACAAGAAGCUCGUUAACGACUACCUGACAUACUAUGCACGACCUGGGGAUGCCGCGACGGCCAGCGCGCAGCCAGCUUCCAUACGUACGGACGCAGAUGCGUUGAUGCAACAUCAUCGGUUCAUUCGCAGCGAUGCUGACGACACCGACGGGAGUUGGGAAGCGCGGUUGGCUAAGCGCUACUAUGACCGCCUUUUCAAGGAGUACGCCAUCGUUGACCUGACGUACUACAAGCAGAGCAAGCUGGGCAUGCGUUGGCGCACUCAGAAGGAGGUGAUGGCGGGCAAGGGGCAAUUCGUGUGCGGAGCCAGGGGGUGCGACGCCACGGACGGCCUCUGCAGCUACGAGGUGAACUUCGCCUACCAGGAGGCUGGCGAGCGCAAGCAGGCCCUCGUGAAGCUGCGCGUGUGCCCCGCCUGCGCCUUCAAACUCAACUACCGCAAGGAAAAGCAGCUGCGGAAGGCCAGCGAGGCAGCCGCUGCACGCAAGCGACGGCGCGAGGAAGAGGAGGAGGUGGCAGCACUGCCGCGCGACCCGCUUGUACGGCAGGCGCUGGAUUACGUAAGCCGCUACGCGCAAGGAGGAGGCGUGGGUGCUGUGCGUGAGGAUGAGCGUGGGGCAAGCGCGUCGGGGGGCCUUGGGGAUGCAGAGGUGCAGCGGGCUGCAGGCGAUGUGGCGCCGCCUCCGCUAGCGGUGGGUAGCACAGCAGCAGCAGCAGCAGCGGCGGGUGGGGUUACAGGCGCAGGGGCAGGAGGGACGGGGAAGCAGGCCGAGGGGGCGGCAGGCGCGGCGGCGAACAUGGUUACGCUGCCUGCGGAUGCGAGCGUGUGGGAGUCCAAGCCGGUGCAGGAGGCUGCGAGUGCGGAGGAGGAGAUGGAUGCAUACCUGGAGGGACU